CAGUUUGCUGGAAUAGACACAGACACUGAUUGGGUCAUGCUGAAAACAUUCCUGUCCUAUGAAGCAAGUCUGUUUGUAUUUCAGGUUUGCCAGGACUAAUGAAUUAAAAAUCAGGCUCACCACAGCUUGCUGUUUAAUAAUGCCUGUAACAGAAGGAUUUUUUCCUCCCUGAAGUGUGACAGCAUCAUAAUCCCUCAUCCCUGGCAAGGAGAGGAAGGAAAAUCAGAAUUGUGGAAAAGGGUUAUCUUUUGGGACAGCAAAUCCUAUGGGAAGUGCAGGUAGCAGCAUGUUGUCCUGACAGCUGUCUCAGCUUCUCAGACCUUGUCAGUUUGUUGCUAUGCAGCAGGUGCAGCCUUUUCUUUUAUUGAAGCUUUACUCCAUAAAGGCAACGACAAGCCAAGGCAGUGGCUGGCCCUGGAUUAUACAAGUGCAGACACUCCGCUAAGUGAGGGUUUCAUCACAGUAAAAUCACUUUUUGGAAUCAAUGGUCUCAGAAGAAAGACAGAGGACUGAGUGAGGUCCCAGCCCAGGAGCCAAAUCCAUGCAGACAGACCCCUACACCUGCACAGGCUUCCACUGAAGAAUCACCACCAAGCUGGAGCAAACAAGUAAAAGCAUUGACUCAAGUGCCCACAUGAUCACCACCGCCAGGGUACCUGCUGAUAAGCCGGUACGAAUUGCCUUCAGCCUUAAUGAUUCCCCAGAUGAUGCUUCCCCUGAAAACUUCUCUUUGGCAUUUCCAGAACUAGAUCAGCAGCUGCAGCCACUGCCUCCUUGUCAUGACUCUAAGGAAUCUAUGCAGGUGUAUAAACAGCACUGCAAAAUAGCAGAAGAGUACCACGAAGUCAAGAAAGAAAUUGCUCUGCUGGAAGAAAGAAAAAAGGAGCUGAUUGCCAGACUGGAACAAGUGGAAAAAGAAAGCAUGGAUGCUGCUCGGCUGGCUAAGGAGUACGCACAACUGACAGAGGAGAACCGAACGCUGAAGCUGGCCCAGACACAGUGCGUGGAGCAACUGGAAAAGCUCAGGAUACAGUACCAAAAAAGACAGGGCUCCUCAUAACUCCCAAGUAGCUCAUGUGAGGCAGUUCAUACAGGAAUGGUCCUGUGCUGGAAAGAGAUUUUAAAAUAAAGAUCUGUUUAAUAUGUUACAACACUUUACUACAGAUACAGAGUAUGUAGAAGUCUGAAUUUGAUUUAAUGCUUGCCACCCAGUAGCUUAAUGUAAUGGAUAUUUCAUCCAUUAUAUAAUGAAUGUUUUAUUUCAAGUAACAUAAUUGAAGUUAAUCUAUCCCCAUUAUAUGUUCUAGUGGAUCAGGUUUCUUUUCUAAACAUAUUUCUUCCAAUUUAAGAAGAUAUGGACACACUAGAAAAUUAUAUAAAUAGUCUCUGUGUUGGAAAUUUGGAUCUUGCUAAGGACUGGGACAAUGUUAAUAUAUGGAAUACAUGUAUGUUAAUUUUAGUUUGGUAAAUUCUUUUAAAAUUAUUUUCCUCAUGCAUAAAGUGUUUGGAAGUUAUGUUGAAGCAGAUCUCCUCACUUGUAAAAACUAUACUUCAUGUCAACUUCACACUGUUGUAUAAAAUUUGAAAAACUGCACAUUAAAAAUUGAAGUAACAAAAUCAUUUUUUAUCAAAAAAAUGCACUGCCAGCGAUAAUUUGCAAGAUAUAAAAUUAAAAGGAAACAGAUGAGAUCAAACUUUCCUUCCUUAAGUGUAAAGAUUACUUGAGUGUCUUUUUAUUGUACUUUUAGGCAUGCAAGAAAUUAAAAAGUAAUAUAAGAAUCAUAAUGUCAUCACAGUUUCAAAUGAGACUAUGUCAGUAAAAUUAUUGUAAGGAUGUUUUGUUCUCAUUUUCUGGUCUAUUUUGAAACAUAAGUGGCUGUAAGUAGGGACGAGAGUUCUGUGAUACAUAAAUAACUGGGAAGUAAAAUGUCAGCUUUACUUGCUCUAUUUAUCCCUGUAUUUUCCUAGAUCAACUUAAAAAUCUUCGUUAUACUUCCAUUUCUAUUCAUAGAGCAGUUCUUUCCAUUAAAGUGGAUGUAGAAAAGCCCUUUUAUGUUCUGAAUGUUCUCAAAUCACCCUGUAUUUUAAAAUCUGCUUGUCAGAUGCAGCUUGUUACAUCUGCAUGAGCUUGGAAUUCAGCUUAAUGUGUUAUUAGUACUGUGUCUUAGUAAUUGAAAACUAUGAACUUAAGAUUUGCACCAGGACUUUAGCUUUGAUUAUUAUCAUUAAUCUAUCAUGAAAAUGGAAUUUCAUGUUAAUCAGAACAAUUCCUGGCAGCAAAGGGGACAAAAAAAGAAUUACAAGCUGCCUGUAAUGUAUCUGUGCUAAUUGCCUACAGUAUUCCCUGCAGCACAGGUGGGAAAACUGGCUCUGUGUUACUCCAAGCACCUGGCACUGCAGCAGGAGAGCACAAAGAGGUAGCAGGAGAGGACAACCUUGUUUCAACUUCUCCUCCUGAGCUGCCAGGGCAGUGUCAGCAUCCAAACUUGGCACUGCUUCCUGCUGUACCUGGGAAAUCACCACUCCUGAGGCAUGCACUUCCCACUGGAAUGAUCUCUGAGCAGUUUAACACUGUAUUUAUUCCUCUUAUUAUCUGAGGAUUCAAUUUUCACUGUGCCUUGUGGAAGUUGAAGGAAAAGAAACACAGUUAAUAAAAAACACUUGGAAUAUUAGGCCUGGAAGUGCUGGAAAAGUCUUGUUUGAGUUUUGCACUGUUGGGAAAAAUAACUUGAAGAGAAAUCAGAGCUUUGCUUUGAGCACAGAACACCACAGAAGCUAAAAUUACCUUUUUUGCCUGUGUUUGUGUGUUUGGAACAAGAGAAUUCUCAUUUUAAAAUAGUUUGUCAUUCUAGUCAAAGGUUUUUCCAUCUAACCUUGAAAACGUCAUGCAGUCAGAUGAUUUCAGUGAAUUCACUGAAAACCAUACAAAAUACAUAAAAUUAGUUUAUUGACAGACUGUCUUUGAAUGCAAAUGGAUCAGACAGCAGACCUUUAGUUACAAAUAAUGGUGUUCACCUUGAAAUUUUCUAUUUAAGUGCAGUCACUAUGCUUUAGAUAUCAGAAAAAUUACAGACCAUACGCUGGGAGAAAAACCUGAGAGAGAGCCACAGUCAGGGGGAGGAGGAAAGCUGGGCCUCAUUUGUGGCAAUCAGCACUUUGAGAAUAGUCAGGGAAUAUGUUUUUCCUAACCUGUAGAUACUGACGAGUAUAGAAGAAUUCAAAAAAUAUUUUAGAUGUGCAGAUGCCAAAUUUUUGAUGUGGUCUAGCCUACAAGCCUAUUUCAUAAAUAUGAAAUUCUUAAACCACCCCAAACUAAUUAAGGCCAAGAUUUAUACUCAACUUGGACUUAAGCUAUGUGCAAUCACAUUUUCCUCCUGCUUUUAGUUAUGGUUAAAGUAAAAACAAACAGCUUUGUAUGAACAUAUUUGCCUGCAUGCAUGCUCAUGCACCUGAGAGCAGAAACUCAGAGAAAUUGUAUCGCAAUACAAAUGAGUAAAACUGAUAUAGAAGUACCAAGGAUGAAAAAUUAGUGCCUCUUGAAAAACAUUUUUUUUAAAAAUUAUUUGGGGAAGUGGGAUUCAAAGGCAGGAAGGUAGGGAAAUGGGAUUUUCCAAAAAUAUUCAUAGACAAGUUAAAUUAAAAUGUGGCAUAACCAACAUAAUGCAGAAAAUCAUCCAGGUGUUGAAAAGAGUAAAGGUAGCUGGAACAACCUUCUGAGAGGUAACUGCUGUAUCUGUCAUCCAUCUCUUGAUUUGUUCAUCAAGAACAUAACAGUGAAAAAUAUCUUCACAUUGAGUAAGUCUCCAAUUUGGACAUGCUGAGUUUUUAUCUAGAGACAGUGGAGCUCUGCUGACUAAAUAACUUAAUUAGGCUUUCUAAUAAAGGAUUUAUCAUACUGAUCCUGUAUUUUCCACAUAGACAAUAUAGUUUGUGUUCUGUUUGAAGUGGUCUGCAUGUUAGGUCCU